GGAGGAGAUGAAAGGAAGGAAACAGAGGAAAAAGAGAAAUGAGAGUAUGGAGGAGGAGCAGCCCAGCACGUCCACCCAGUCCACCCCAGUCAAAUCAAAUCAAAUCAAACUGUAUUUGUCACAUGCGCCGAAUACAACAGGUUCUCCUUUCAGGAAUGGGGAGAAAGCUGACAUCUGGAACUGGCCCAUCUACAAGACCCAGCUCCCAGUCACCUGUGGGGACAAAGAAGGCAUACUCAUCAGGGACAAGCUGGCCAAAGGGGAGAGGUGCAUUGUGGUCCAGGGUCGCUGGUUAACCCCAAGUGGCUUUGAGGAGUUUGGGGGGAAGAAGAGCAGUAAGAACUGGAAGUACAGUAUCCGCUGUAGAGACACCACUCUGGGAAAACUGAUUCAGGAAGGUCAUUUAACUUCACCAGGCUUUAAAAGAAGAAAGUGUACACAGGAAGGUCAUUUAACUUCACCAGGCUUUAAAAGAAGAAAGAGUACACGGGCCAAGAGAACACUGUUACCCUCCAACCAAUCAGCGGGCUCAAUCACAGAAUCUGAGGAGGAUGAUGACGAUGAUGAGGAGGAAGAGGAGGAAGAAGAAGCUGAGCAGGAAAGAGAGGAAGGAGGGAGAGGAGAGCAGGCAAACACUGCUGGAGGAGAGAGCAGUACAGGAGGCAGCCAUGGUGUUGUGAAAAAGUCUGUCUUCAAAGUCACCUGUGGGGCCAUCAAUGGAACGCUACAUAAGGAUCGGUUUGCAUCAGGGUCAUGUGGAAAGAGCAUCCGUACGGAGCUGCGCUGGAUGACCCCGGUGGAGUUUGUGAAGGGGAGUUCAGCUCUGGAGGAUGCCUCCUGGAAGAAAGACAUCCAGUGGGAUGGGAAACCACUCAGUGUCCUUCUCGAGAGUAAGAUCUUGGUCAUCCACUCUCUCCUUUGUAAAUGCAAGCUGUGCAGCCCCACAGCCAAAGACCAGCACGAUCAGGAUAACGAUGACGACUGCUUCAUCUGUAGAAGCCAGGGCAGCUUGAUAUGCUGUGAUAAGUGUCCUCGCUCCUUCCAUCAGAGAUGUCAUCUUCCUAAUGUGGAUGACGAUAUGCUGGGGGAUAAUGGUCCAUGGAUGUGUACAUUCUGUGUACUGAGGGACAGUCAGUCGUGGCGUUACCCCAAACAAAUGACCUACCAGGAAGCCUUGACCUGCCAAAUCUCUGACCACCUACUGGAAUGCCACUACCUCCUGCUCUGUCUGUACCACGCGGACAAGGACCGCAUCUUUGUGACAGAACGUUGCAUCAAUGUGAGAAACUACACCAGUGUGAUUAAGACCCCUAUAUGGCUGGACAGGGUUGUGGAGAAGCUGCAGCAGAAUCUCUACCAGUCAGUGCAACACUUUGUGUCUGACGUGUUGCUUAUCUUCACCAACUGUGCCACAUUUAACAGGGACAAUGCAGAGUUUCGUGGGAUGGGCGAAAGAUUAAAGGAUCUAUUUGAGAGCGAGUUCAAGAGUACAUUCAGCAUCCAACUUCAGCAUCCAACUGCAUCCAACAGCCAGUAGAGCCUUCAUCAAGUCUGUACUGUUAUCUCACUAUGAGACAACAGGGAAUAUUCACCAUGCCCUGGUCUUUGUAUACGGCCUUCAUACAGACUUGUACACCAAGUUGUACAGAUCUUAUUUUCCAUGCAUGUACAUUAUUAUCCAUCUAGUCCUUUCAUGAAUGUCUUUCAUUCGUUCUACCAGUCAAACAUGGGUGUGUGAUAAUAAUUGAAAUAGAAUGAUGGUGAAAACAUUGCAUUUCAUACAGUAAAUGUCGUUUUCCUAACUUCUCAUGCUAGAGCCAUAGAAGUCCUUACCUUCCAGGCUUCUUACUUCUGGUCAGGCCUUACUAGAUUUAUGUCCAGGGAUUCUGUCGAAAAUAAACUAAAGAUUUUCUAAAACAUUGUACAACA